CGCCGUGGCCAUAUCUGAGUUACCCCCACCGCAACUUUGAGUGCACCUGACGGCUAGAAUCCCACGAUGUUGUCGAAACGGGAAACGGAUGGGCUCGGGGCACCCAGUGCCCCAGGUCAUACGAGGACUACGGCUGCUCAGCACGUCGCAUCCCAUAGCUCUCCGAUUCUGCACCUCACGACGGACUUGGACGUCUCGCAUCUUGCUGAAUGGGCCAUGGUUGCGCUUGGUGACACGACCCCUCCGUAUUGGCAUCUGCAGGCCUGCGGGCAGCCGAUGCAAGUCAAAUUGUCCAGCUCCUCUGUCGGGCCCCCUUGAAUGGGUUGGUCUGCCGCAUGCAGCACUACAUGCAGCAUUCUCAGCAGACAAAGUGCUUCUAGGCCGUCCAAAUCAUACGCCCAGUCGACCUGGCCUAGGCGUCACGUUCCCACUGUCCCAGCAUCCAUCGAACUUCCGUUCACUGAACCGACGACGGCCCUCAUUGUUCCUGAACCCCUGCCAGACUCUGGUCCGCUGCUUGGAAGAUCGUCGCCAGGAGAGACGCGGAAGCACUCUGGCAGCUGGGCCCGGACCUGGACCGAGCCCUGCCAUGGGCAUGCUCUGAGGGUUCGGUGAAAUCUCCACCGAUAAGCACCAGGCCUUGAUUGCUCUAGAGCCAGGAUUGCUCCCUUCCUCGUUCCAGCUUGAAGCGAAGAAGCGGACAGCGACGACUCCUGAAUCCUGGGUCCCGAGCCCUGAGAAAUUGGAUCCUGGCCAGAGGGCUCCGAGUCUCUGCGCCUCAAGUCCCGGCCUACCAACCGACGAUGGCCGCGGUUACAGCGCUUCCGCUGCCACUUAAUCCUGCAUGAGGAAACAUAUGAACCAGAGACAGAAAUCAAUCCAUUACCAUACGAUCAGUCGGCCAGCACCGUCCGCAGUGCGACUCUUCUCCAUUUGCGAGGGCUUGAACCCCCCUCACCUCAGGCAAGGACCAACAAAA